GAGCGGGCGAGGCAGUGCGAGCCGAGACCCGGCCGGCAGCCGCUCCGCCCCCCCCCCGGAGCCGCAGGGCCCCGACGGCCGCGCCGCGGGCAGGACCGGUGCAUGGCGUCCGGGGGAACGCGCUGAGCGGGUCGCGGCGCCGCGGGCGGCACCAUGGCCCUGGCGCUGGCGCUGCAGGCGGCGCGGCAGGGUGAACUGCAAGUGCUGAGGUCCCUGCACGCCGCCGGCCAGCUGAGACCCUCGCAGCGGGACCCGCUGGACGCGCUGCCGGUGCACCACGCUGCCCGCGCGGGCAAGCUGCACUGUCUGCGCUUCCUGGUGGAGGAGGCCGCCCUGCCCGCCACGGCCCGCGCGCGCAACGGAGCCACGCCGGCCCACGACGCCGCCGCCACCGGCCACCUCGCCUGCCUGCAGUGGCUGCUCUCGGAGGGCGGCUGCGGAGUGCAGGACAGAGACAAUUCUGGUGCCACAGUCCUGCACCUGGCUGCCCGCUUCGGCCACCCCGAGUUGGUGGAAUGGCUCCUGCGCCAUGGCGGUGGGGAGGCCACCGCGACCACAGACACGGGUGCCCUGGCCAUCCACUAUGCUGCCGCCAAAGGAGACUUCCCCUCCCUGAGGCUCCUCAUCGGGCACUAUCCUGAGGGAGUGAAUGCGCAAACCAAGAACGGUGCCACGCCCCUGUACCUGGCGUGCCAGGAGGGCCACCUGGAGGUGACGCAGUACCUGGUGCAGGAGUGCGGCGCGGACCCGCACGUGAGAGCCCAAGACGGCAUGACCCCGCUGCAUGCCGCGGCGCAGAUGGGCCACUGCCCCGUCAUCGUGUGGCUGGUGAGCUGCACCGACGUGAGCCUCUCGGAGCAGGACAAUGACGGCGCCACGGCCAUGCACUUCGCGGCCAGCCGCGGCCACGCCAAAGUGCUCAGCUGGCUCCUGCUGCACGGCGGCGAGAUCACGGCCGACCUGUGGGGCGGGACCCCUCUGCACGACGCCGCUGAAAACGGGGAGCUGGAGUGCUGCCAGAUCCUGGUAGUGAACGGCGCGGAGCUGGACGUCCGCGACCGUGACGGAUACACGGCGGCCGACCUCUCGGACUAUAAUGGCCACAGCCACUGCACCCGCUACCUGCGCACCGUGGAGAACCUGAGUGUGGAGCACCGCGUGCUGUCCCGGGAUCCAUCUGCUGAGCUGGAGACCAAACAGCCCGACUCGGGCAUGUCUUCACCCGAUACCACCGUGUCGGUCCAGCCGCUGAACUUUGACCUCAGCUCACCCACCAGCACCCUCUCCAACUACGACUCCUGCUCCUCCAGCCACUCCAGCAUCAAGGGCCGGCGCCCCCCACGUGGCCUUGCCAGCUCCAGAGCUGCAGACAUACAAAGCUACAUGGACAUGCUGAGCCCGGAGCUGGGCCGACCCCAGGGCAAGAUGGGGAGAACCACACCACCACCACCACCCAGCUUCCCUCCGCCGCCCCCACCCCCAAGCACCCAACUGCCCCCACCCCCACCAGGCUACCCGGCUCCCAAGCCCCCUGUGGAGCCACAUGCCGCGGACAUCUACGUGCAGACCAAGAGCAAACUCCGCCGUGUGGAGAAGGAGGCCUUCAAGAAGGAGCUGAGCUCCCGCGACGGCCACAACGGGCUGCGGAGGCAGGACUCCAGCCGCAAGCCCCGCGCUUUCAGCAAGCAGCCCAGCACGGGGGACUACUACCGCCAGCUGGGCCGCUGUCCCGGGGAGCCGCUGGCCACACGCCCGGGCAUGGCGCACAGCGAGGAGGUGCGUGCCUGCCAGCCCGCGCCCGCCGGCCGCCCGGGACCCGGCCCGGCCGCCCGCUUCUCACUCGCCAGCCCCUCCGCUCCCCCGCAGGCGGCGCUGCUCCCCGGGAACCACGUGCAUAACGGCUGCGCCGCGGACCCCAAGGCGUCAAGGGAGCUGCCCCCGCCGCCCCCGCCGCCGCCGCCGCCCCUGCCGGAGGCCCAUAGCUCGCCGCCGCCGGCUCCACCUCUGCCCUUCGAGGGCGCUGGCCCUGGCUGCGGGCAGCGUCGCUCCUCCUCGUCCACUGGCAAAGUGAGAGUCCUGAGACACAGGAAGAGCACCAAGUCUUUCAACAUGAUGUCCCCGACGGGUGACAACUCGGAGCUACUGGCGGAGAUCAAGGCCGGCAAGAGUCUGAAGCCGACGCCGCAGAGCAAGGGGCUGACCACGGUGUUCUCGGGCAGCGGGCAGCCGAUCUCCCAGCCCGAAGCGCCGCUGCCGCAGGCGUCGCCCGCGCUGUCCCGGGCCCGCAGCCCCACCCCGCCGGCCGUGGGGCCCCAGCCACUGCUCAACGGCAGCGUGGCGCCGGCGCCGCCCGCCACCCCGGCGCCAGGCGUGCAGCUCGACGUGGAGGCGCUCAUCCCCACGCACGAUGAGCAGGGCCGGCCCAUCCCCGAGUGGAAGCGCCAGGUGAUGGUGCGGAAGCUGCAGCUGAAGAUGCAGGAGGAGGAGGAGCAGAGACGGAAGCUGACGUCCGCCAGCUCAUGCUGCUACCCCCGCGAGGGCUGGAGGUACUCCAGCGCGCACAACGCCAUCCUCGGGCCCUUCGGCGAGCUCAUGACCGAAGCCGACAUCCUCCGCAUCGAGCAGCAAAUCGAGAACCUGCAGGUGUUGCACAAGGCGCAGAAGCUGGAGGCGCGCCUGGAGCAGCUGGAGCUGGAGUUGGAGCAGCUGCUGCCGAUUUCGGCCGCCCUUUCCGCGCCGCGCUUCACCGUCGAUCCGCGCCGCAUGCACGGCCGCGCAGCCAGUCUGCCUGCCUGGUGCAGCAAGAUCUCCACGCUGCUCAAGAGCAUGGCCACGCUGCUGGCCGCGCUGGGCGGCCGGCCCGCGCACCUGGCCGAGCUGCUGGCCGCCGACACCGGCCAGCCGCUGGCACCGCUGCCCGACGCGCCCUGGCGGCCGGGUCCGCUCUGCCUCGGCCGCUCGCACUCGCUCAGCUGGUGUCGCGAGGCCGUGGCGCGCGAGAUCCUCGAGUGCGGCGUCUCCGUGCAGCAUCUCCGCGCGGUCUACGAGCUACGCGCCCAGGGCUCGGCGCCCGCGCGCGGCUCGCGCCGCAAGCUCUCGCUUCCCGCCGCCGCCUCGGGCCGAGAGCCCAUCCUCGAGGAGGACUACGUGGCUGCCGGCGCCGGGGAGCCAAGCGCCCCGGUCGCCAACGGCUUGCCGGCCCCCUGGGACUCCGUGGGCGCGCUGGGCCCGCCCGACGCGCCGGACCACCAGGCGGCGCUGCCCGAGCCCCAGCAGCUGGCGCGCCAGCCGUCGCUCUCCACCGAGCUGCGCGGCGUCCAGGACUACAUAGAUAUGCGCAAGGAGCGCAUCGUCUACCUCUUCCUGGAGCACUGGCGCAAGUGGACCUUCCGCGGCCCCCGGCGCCACGCCCAGGCGCGCCUGCGCAGACUGCUGCCCCGCGUGGUGGCCGCCGGCACGGGCCCGGGCCCCGAGGCCGCCGACGCUCUCCAGCCGCCGGCCGGCGACGGCCCGGAUGCGCGGCUGCUGCGCCUGCUGAAGCAGCGGCAGGUGGUGGGCAAGCUGCUGGGCCACUGGCGGAGCCUGCUGCGGCAGGUGCCGGUACGCCCUUCGUGUGGCUCGGGCCUGGCUCACGGCCUGUACUGGCCCGAACACUUUCUGCCGCCCCUGGACGGCGGCGCGCCCCCGCGCUACGACAGCCUCACGCUCGACCUCUUCAUGCUAGGCUACUUCCAGCUGCUGGAGAUGGGCCUGAGCCGCGAGGAGCGCAAGUUCCGCCACCUGCUGUGCUACGAGAUGUUCGACCGGCUGGGCAGCCACCCGUGGGAGCUCAUCCGCCUCUUCCACCGCGUGGUGCUCGAGGAGGUGGAGGCUGGCCGACGAACCUGGAGCGACGGCUUCGAGGACCUCAGGCGCCAGUUCUUUGGAGACAGCCCGGAGGCUGAGCCAGCCCGGGAAGAAGAAGCGGAGAAGGAGCAAGAAGAGAAAAAAGAAGAGGAGGAGGGGGAGGCGGCGGCGGCGGCGGCGGAGGGAGAGCCGGCAGAAAAGGUCCCUCCGGGUCAAACGGUGGACUGGCCAGAGGGGCAGCCCGAGGCCCCAGCUCCUGCGCCGCAGCCCCCCAGCCCCCCUCCGCCAGCCGCGCCUCCCCCGACGUGGGACCCUCCUGGUUCCGAAGCCCCUGUCGAAGACCCCCUGGAGCUGGUGUCUGAGAUGGGCGAGUUCAGCAACGAGGACAUCUGCCGCUACAUCGACCGCAGCUUCUCCUUCUGGAAGGAGAAGGAGGCAGAGCUUUUUGACAUCUGAGCAGCAGAAAUCAGAGUUUCCCCCUCAAGCAUCUUAACCCAGGCUUGGAUGCCCGUCUGAUGCCCUCUGGAGGCCAGAAGCCCACAGGAAAAACCCAGAAGCCAGCAGGGUGGCCUUGGAAAACCCGGAGUAUCCAGGACCAGGCUGCCAGAGCCUUUGAA